UUAGUGAAGAUUGUCACGCCGCUGGAUCUUAAAGUCCGCCUGGUUUCGCUUCUGCAUAAAAGUGGUAUCUCGGCAACAAGUGGAUUUAAUACUUAAGUGGAUUUAAUACUUUUAAUAAGGCUACAUUUUGACAGGCAUUCCGUAGGACGAAACGCUGAUAGAUGAAUUAAACAGGACUGUAUUGCAACACACCGAAAGUAUGGCCGAGGCGAACCAGACGGAGGUGUAUGUUUACGAAAAAGUGCUUAUCUUGCUGUCAUGUGCGCUUUCCUUCCUAGGAUCACUUUUAAUCAUAUGGACGUAUGCGAUAUGGCUCGAUCUAAGAACUCAACCGCGUAAACUGCUCGUGUAUCUGUCUGUCGCUGACCUGUUGUCCGCGCUCUCGUACUCUUACGGAGUUUGGAGGGAUUUUGAGACGGAUUCGGUAGACUGCAUUACGCAAGGAGCGAUUUCCACGUUCGCAAACACGAGCUCAUUCUUCUGGACUGUGGCCAUCGCCAUCUACUUAUACAUUUUUAUAGUGAGGUCCAGCCAGAGGCAGGCCGAUAACUUGGUGCUCUAUUUUCAUCUAAUCAGUUGGGGUGUUCCCUUCGCCAUCACUGUGGCAGCUAUCUCUCUGCAGAAGAUUGGUUAUGAUGCCUCCGAGGUGUCUGUUGGCUGGUGUUGGGUAAACAUCCAGGCUGAAGACCAUGUGCUGUGGAUGCUGCUCACGGGAAAAAUCUGGGAGUUCAUUGCCUAUGUCACUUUGCCAAUCCUUUACAUCCUUAUAAAGAUGCACAUUCGCAAAGCACAUGCGGCCCUGUCUGAGUACCGCCCCAUCCUGACAGGCAGCCCCGUCUCUCAUUCAUUGUCUUCAACGGCAGACAGGAAGCUCACCAUCAUCCCCAUCAUCUUCAUCCUCCUCCGCGUGUGGAGCACCGUCCGCUUCCUGCUCCUGCUAACCGACUCCCCCGCCAGGCAAAACCCAGUACUGGUGACCUUGCACGGAAUAGGGAACACCUUUCAAGGAGCGGCGAACUGCAUAAUGUUUGUUGUCCUCACUCCCUCGAUUCGAUCACGGCUGGUGGCUCUGCUGUGCUGCAGAGGUCAAAAUAGAGUCUGGAACCCCGACUCCGUGUCCCAGAACAGAACAAGCGCAUAUACUGCAAAUACGCCUGCAAACGCUGAGGAGAACAUCAGCCCCCCAACCUGUGAGGAAGAUGGGGAGUAAGAGUCGCUGUAAUGGCAUCUAUUUGAAGAUGCUCAAGAAACACUUGAAAGCUGGAUGAAGCGGAGUGUGGAAAUUUAUUUUGAAUGGUCAUCUGUAACCGAGCCAAAACUGAACCUUCUUGUUUGACCAAGUUCCUAAAGGGAUAACAGGGGACUGCGGUCACAUGCACAAAACCCGCAGAGCGCAAAACACAAACGCACUUUAUGUUACUGGUUUAGCUCAGCACUUUAGACGGGAGGCUCUCUGUCUCCGACAGCCACUCGAAUCUGUUUUCAUAUUGCUGCCGCAGAUGUUUCGUGUUCAUUUAAAUAGAAAUGAGAUCUGUAGCUCAGGGGAAGCGAGGAUACAGCAAUUUAUUAUCUUGUGACCAAAAUGGCAAAUGUACUGUGAAGUGUUUUAUACAAGAGAUUUUUUUUCUCCCAAAAAAAAUACAUGAAUACUGCAAAGAUGCCUCAGAUUUCUUUAUAUUUACAAGGUUUAUGUGAUCAAUAUUUAAAAACAUGAUUUAUAUGUAUAAAAUACAGUUUUUAUCUAUGCAUGAAGGCUAUAGUAUGUCUUCCCUUUAUACAAGCAGACGCGUUCUUUGUCAGAAACGCUUACAGUAUGUACUGUAUAAUAUAUUACCUGUAUUUUCUUUGUGAAAUACCAAUGACAGAGUUUCAUGUCUUGAUUCAGAACACAUGCCACAACAUGUACUUUUGUUCACAAUGCCUUUGAAAACGAGCAGGAAGUGAAAAGGGGGGGAAGGAAUGUUUUUUAUUAUUGCACUUAAUAUGUCUAUACUUGGCACUACAUGCACACAGUUGUUUAACCAACGUAUUUUAUUUCAAUAAAGUGAUUGAUGUCCA